AUGGCUGUGGAUCUGAAACGAAACUUUCUUAAACUGAUCAUGCAUUUUCGACGUCAUGAUCUGACUGAAUUCGUCGAGGAUCAUGACCGUCUUUACAACGAGGCAAAGGCCAGUGGUGAUCAUCGUGCAGUCACCACACAUUACUAUUCCUUGAUGUCCGCAGUCAUCGACGAGUACUUUGGAGGAAAUUUUCACUUUGCUCCGCCACGAAAGGGAAACUUAUCGUUGGAGGAAGCGCUCAUGGAACUUCAUAGAAGAAUUGGCGAACGAUUGGGUUUGCGUGCGGGCAUGUCUUGCGUCGAUCUCGGUUGCGGAAUCGGCGGAGUGAUGAGAAAUCUGGGGCCUACAGGCGCUAACCUUAUAGGAAUUACCAUAGCAGCGAAUGAGGUUGAGAUUGGAAAUAGAGAAUUUCGUAAACGCGGGAUCGAAUCAACAUGCCGAUUGCUGGAGGGAGACUGUCAGGACAUGCCAUUAGAUGACGAAUCUCAAGAUGCCGCUUAUGCUGUAUAUUCCCUCAAAUAUUUCUCCUGCCUUGAUGGAAUUAUGAUGGAGGUUUCGCGAAUUCUAAAACCCGGUGGUCGUUUUCUUAUCUACGAUUUGAUCAAAACCGAAAACUACGACGAGAAGAAUGAAGUUCACGUCGAGAUCAUUGAGGGCUUGGAAUACGCUUGUGGGAUGCCAUCGUUACAUACACGAGCUCAAAUGCUAGAAGCUGCUGAAAGAUUCGACUUGAUUUUUGAAGACGAAGAAGAUUUGUCAGAGACGAAUGGCAUUCCUUUUCAUUACUGUUUUUCUCAUUCACCGAUUUUUAUGUGGCUUAUCGAAAGUCCAUUGAUAAGUGAUCUUGUGAACGUUGCACAAAAACUUCGGAUUCUACCGAGAGGUUUUCACUACUUCAACAAGAUCUUCCUUUCUGGUACCGUUGAGAAAAUUGUAAACGGCGGUCGGUUGGGAAUUCUCUCUGGCUCGAAAAUUCUUGUAUUUAAGAAGAAAAAGAAGGAUAUCUCUUUGUACUUUUGA